UCUACGUUUCUAUAUAACUCUCACCGCUCUUCCCACUCCAUUCCACUCCACCCCUUCCUCUUUCUCUAUUCACAAUCUUUAUCACCUAUGAGCAAGUUACGGCACGUCUUCGCCGGAAUCUCAGAUUCCGGCGACCACAGCAGAAACAAGAAGCUCUUUCUUGCUCUGUUCUCCACUCUGCUCCUUCUCGUCGCCGCUGUCGCCAUCAUCGCCGGUGUCAAUUCCCGCCAAAAAUCUUCCGGUGACGAUAGUUUGAAUUUCUCCACCCAUCCAUCCCACGCCAUAGUCAAAUCCGCUUGCAGCUCCACACUUUACCCUGAACUCUGCUUCUCUGCUAUCUCCUCCGAGCCUGGAUUCACCGAGAAAGUCUCUUCCCACCGCGAUGUCAUCGAGCUGUCCAUAAACAUAACAGCCAGAGCUGUCGAACACAAUUUCUUCACCGUCGAGAAGAUAAUGGCAACCAGAAAGGGAAGCCUCACGGAGAGAGAGAAAACCGCCCUUCAUGACUGUUUAGAGACGAUUGACGAAACGCUUGACGAGCUUCACACUGCUAGGGAAGAUCUGAAAGUCUAUCCGAACAAGAAGACUCUGUACCAGCACGCCGACGAUCUGAAGACUCUGAUAAGCGCCGCCAUUACCAACCAAGUCACGUGCCUCGACGGAUUCUCUCACGACGGCGCUGAUAAGAAAAUCAGGAAAGCACUGGAGGCAGGGCAGGUGCACGUGGAGCACAUGUGCAGCAAUGCUCUGGCGAUGAUUAAGAACAUGACGGACACGGAUGUGGCGAACUACGAGAAGAAGAUGGGGAUCACAAAGAGCAGGAGGCUGAUGGAGGCGACGGAGGGCGCUGUUCAGUGGCCAGAGUGGAUGUCGGCGGCAGACAGGCAUCUAUUGCAGUCGACGGAAGUGAAGCCGGACGUGGUGGUAGCGGCAGACGGGAGCGGAGAUUUUAAGACGGUGGAAGCAGCAGUGACGGCGGCGCCGGAGAAGAGCGCGAAGAGAUAUGUGAUAAAGAUAAAAGCAGGAGUUUACAGAGAGAAUGUGGAAGUUCCGAAGAAGAAGACAAAUAUAAUGUUCUUGGGGGAUGGAAGAUCUAACACUAUCAUCACAGGAAGCAGGAAUGUCGUCGACGGAAGCACAACCUUCCAUUCCGCCACUGUCGCCGUAGUGGGAGAAAGAUUCCUCGCUCGCGACAUAACCUUCGAGAACACGGCCGGCCACGCGAAGCACCAGGCCGUCGCCCUCCGGGUAGGAGCCGACUUCGCCGCCUUCUACCAGUGCGACUUCCUCGCCCAUCAGGAUACCCUCUACGUCCACCACAACCGCCAGUUCUUCAUCAACUGCCUCAUUGCCGGUACCGUCGACUUCAUCUUCGGCAACUCCGCCGUCGUCUUCCAAGACUGCGAUAUCCACGCUCGCCUCCCCGGCUCCGGCCAGAAGAACAUGGUCACAGCCCAGGGCAGGGUGGACCCGAACCAGAACACCGGCAUCGUGAUCCAGAAGUCCCGUAUCGGAGCAACGAAGGACCUGGAGGCGCAGAAGAAGAACUUCAAGACUUUCCUGGGGCGGCCGUGGAAGGAGUAUUCGAGGACGGUGAUAAUGCAGUCGAGCAUAACCGACGUGAUCGAUCCGGUGGGGUGGCAUGAGUGGAAUGGGGAUUUUGCUUUGGACACUCUGUUCUACGGAGAGUAUCAGAACAGUGGCGCCGGUGCCGGGACGGCGAACAGAGUGAAGUGGAAGGGGUUUAAGGUUAUAACGAGUGCUUCGGAGGCUCAGAAGUUUACUGCUGCCAACUUCAUUGGCGGGUCUAACUGGCUGGGGUCCACCGGCUUUCCUUUCUCUCUCGGUCUUUAGAUUAUUAUAAUUAUAAUUAUUAUCAUGGCAUUGAUUAUUGUUAUGUUUAUUGUGUAAUGUGUAUUAUGGGUAGGAAAAAAAAUGUCAUUUUAUGUAGGAAAAAGGGAAUUUAUGGGAAAGGAGAGGUUUGUGGUGCGUUGAGGAAACAAAAUCAUGUGCUUCUAGCACGUGAUAUGCCUAAAAAAAUAAGUGAAAAAAAUAAGGUGACCUUUUUAUUUUUGGCAUGAUUAAUGAAAAUAUGAGUGAUUUUGAUUGAA